AUGGAGAUCGUGGGAGAUGAACUGAGCAAACCCACAAACAGUUCUCAUUCUCCAUCCACACCAAUUCAAGAUUCAAGUUUUACAAUGCAUUAUCUUCAACCAGAACUCAUUCUUGAAAUCCUCUUAAGACUGCCAGUUAAAUCCCUCUUGAAAUUCAGACUUAUGUUGAAGUUUCAUUUACCUAAGUAUAAUUUGAAGGAUCGUUCUCUUAGUUCUUUAGUUUAUGAUGAGUCUGUUGAUACUGAGGAGGCAUUUGACUUGUAUUAUCCUAUGAAAAACCAAGAUAAGAUUAUUUGGGUUGUUGUUGGUUCAUUUAAUGGAUUGGUUUGUCUUUCUGAUGGGGCUAAAGAUGUGUUUUUAUGGAAUCCGUCGAUUAGAGAGUACAAGAAAUUGCCUGAUUUUGGAAAUGAUAUAAGCGAUGAUGACCGUUUUGUAUAUGGUUUUGGAUAUGACGAGAUCCAUGAUGAUUAUAAGGUGUUGGGUUGUUCGCGUCUUAUUGGGGUCAAGAUAUAUAGUUUAAAGGAUGAUUCUUGA